AUGAUGGCCUCAUUCUUCGAUAACCUCAGGAGUGGUGUCCAACACAUCGAGACAGAAGUGAAGCGAUUAAAGCAAAUGACUGACAAUUCGUACCAAAGAAGUGAAGAGCAAGUGAUGGCAGACCUCAUGAAAGCCAAACAGUUUGACUCAAACGUCGAAGUCACACAACUGUAUAAUGAGGUGAAAGGCGCGGAUCGGCCCUUAAGUGAUGUCCAAAACAAGAUGGAGGCACUCAAACAGAUCCUCCACGACGUCGAAGACAACUCCGGACUCCAGAGAUAUGGAUAUAAACCGUUUGGCGAACGAUAUUCAGAAGCAGUGGACGACAAUGUCUUCGUGGACGACGACAACAGCACCCAAUGGGCGGCCAAUUGUGCGUCCGAUGAGUCCAACGACGAGAAUGUAAUGAAUUCAAAGAGUUUGUCGCAACCGAGCCAUGGAUUCAGUGACGAGAGGACCACUCAAACGGUGAGACUGGCGGCCAAUGCGGUGGCCGUCGAUGACAAGCGAGUGGACAGCAGUGAUCACUACGCGGACAGACCUAUCACUCAGAGGUACGACAAACUGCUGACCCGUACGCCACAACCCCUUGACUUCGGAAUCACGCGGAGGUUCACUCUUAUGCCACAACUCUAUCAGCAAAACAAAUCCAACGCCAAGAAUGUGACGGAAAAGGCGUCGACAGCAGUGGUUGAGCCGUCAUACGACUCGACACAGACCUCUCGUUUCAAUUACUUAAACUUGGGAUCAGCUGUCAAUCCAAUGACACCGCCCGUCAACGCGUCCACCAAUUCAUACAAUAACAACAACAAUGCCGACAGUUUCGUGACCGUCGAGUUCACGCCCGGACUCACCACUAAACGACCCAAAGGUGUGUCCAGAGUUCAGGCCAAUCACAACCACUUACCGGUAAAUGAAAAUAAGCGCUCAAAUGGUGGGCCCACUGGUAGUGGUGUUGGCCAACGAUUGCCGCAAUCAGUGCUACAAUCCAUGGAAAACGAUAAGAUAACCCCCGAACAGCCCAUUCCGGUCACCAAUACUGAUAAGUCGGUGAAGAUAUUGCGCUCAAUAGCGGGCAAAGGUAGCGGUACACCACCACCGCCUAAGCCCAGAGUGAACCCCAAUUACCACAAUCAGAUCCUCAAGAACUUGUAAAUAGAUAUAACCUAUAAUUUAAAUUUAUGUAUUCCUUGUCUAACCUCUAAUAGUAUUUAAUUCUAAAGCA